AUGCGUUUCCCCGAAUCCUUGCUCCUUGGGUUGGCCCUCGCUGGGAACACCGUACUUGCCACCAUCGACCUCGGUCAAAUUGAAAAUUCGGCCGGACAGCCCUUGUUGAACGUCGCCUGGAUUGGAGGCUACAAUCCAUGCAAGACGAAGGAAUACACUGCUAGCGGCGAGAGUCCCUGUGGUGUUCGCUUCACACUGAGCAACGGGUACACGUAUUAUGAGAGGAAUUGCGGUAUUAGUGCUAUCGACAUGUGGAACAACGACGGCACCUCCUCCUUUCAGGAUUGCUAG